UAGUUCUUAGCAUAAAACCGAUAACACUAAAGAUCCGAUCAAUAGCGUUGUGAAAUAGGAAUUAAUUUAUUUAGAUUUUUUUGCAUUGUUGACAUGAGCGCGAGCGAGGAGGAAAUCUUGGAGAAUAUCUCAAUCAUAAAUAAUGACACAGAAAAUAAACCAGAGACUACAGAAGCAGCUAAACGGAAGUUUUCCAACGACCAACAAGCCAGUGCGGAUACUAGUGCAAUAAAUAAGCGCAGGAAAUCUGAGGACAAUGAAGACGUGGGAUCUAGCGAUAAAGUAACUGUAAAAACGGAAGUUCUAGACGAAAUGGAGUCCUCCAGUAAUAACAUUCCAGUGACUAUCAAAAAAGAGCCAGGUGAAGAUCAUGAUGUUUCAGCUGCCGUCGACGUCAGUGACGUCCCCACGACAAGCACUAGUUCCAGCGCCUCAUCAACUAUUGUAAUAAAAACGGAAGCAAGCAACGAUGAUCCAUCUGUGAAAACGGAUGUAGCUAGCAGUUCCACAGUUGUGAAGACAGAACCAAACAGUAACACUCAGUCGGCGAUAGCAGAUAGCUCAGUCUCAUCCAGCACGCUAAGACCAUCCUGUCGCUUUGGUAUAAAGUGCUACAGACGCAAUCUGGCUCAUCGGCGUACAGAAGCACAUCCAGGGGAUUCGGAUUACAGGCGUCCUAGUUUCCCAACACCACCUCUGGGCACACCGGCCUGUCCCUUUGGAAACUUAUGUUAUCGCCGGAAUCCUAUACAUUUUCAACAGUAUUCGCAUCCAUCAGAUUUCAAUUCCGCCCAGAAUAUAAAAAACCGUUUGCGGCAGCGGCGCACCCAGGCGAAUUCCAAUGGGAGAACAGAUGAACACUCUGAUUUGGAAUCAGACGAGGAGGAUCCAUUUCACGUACAGGGAGAAUCUGAUUUGGAUUAUAAGCCAGAUGCGGAUAUCGACGAUGACGACGAUGAUGAUGAUCUCGAAUUUAAUAGCGAGCGUCAGAGUUGUGAUAUAUAUGAUUAGUAUAUUUUGAAAAUUGUUGGUAAUGUUAAUAACAUAUUAAAUGUAAACUUUCUCUGUUGUCUAUCUAACUGAAUAUAUAUCAGUGUUGUCACAACAUAGCAGUCUGGCAACGUCGUAUUUGGUUUUUAUCGAAACGCAAGAUACGGGCAUACUGAUUG